CAUUGACGUGUUUUUCACAUCGAAAAGCAAUCGUUUUCUUGCAUUGUCCGAGCUCGCCGUUUUUAUGGAGUUUAGUAAUGAUUUUUAAUUGAUACUUGUUAAGUGUUGUAUUUAACAUUGUAAGGAUACAAAAAUUACGCUAAGAUGACUACCUACGAGGAGUUCAUCCAGCAGAAUGAGGAUCGGGAUGGUAUCCGAUUCACUUGGAAUGUUUGGCCUUCCAGUCGACUGGAUGCUAGCCGAAUGGUCGUUCCGUUAGGGUGUCUCUAUCAGCCACUGAAGGAACGUCCAGAUUUACCUCCGAUUAUGUACGAUCCGGUCGUCUGUACCAGAACCACAUGCAGAGCAAUUUUAAACCCGAUGUGUCAAGUAGACUACCGGGCCAAGUUAUGGGUUUGUAAUUUUUGCUUCCAGCGAAAUCCGUUCCCUCCACAGUAUGCCGCUAUUUCCGAACAACAUCAACCAGCGGAAUUGAUAGCGGGUUUCAGUACGAUUGAAUAUACAAUUACCAGGGCGCCUUGCUUGCCGCCUGUAUUUCUGUUUGUUGUAGAUACCUGUAUGGACGAAGAAGAGCUAACGGCAUUGAAGGAUUCUCUGCAAAUGUCCCUUAGCUUAUUGCCGGCCAACGCGCUAGUAGGAUUAAUAACGUUUGGAAAAAUGGUUCAAGUUCAUGAGCUCGGAACAGACGGUUGCUCGAAAAGCUACGUAUUUCGUGGCACGAAAGAUCUGAGUGCAAAACAAAUUCAGGAUAUGUUGGGAAUAGGAAGAGGAUCGGGACCCAAUCAACCACAGCAGCAGCAACAACAAAUGCGAGUACCGGCGGGGCCAAUUCCACCAGCAAAUCGUUUUCUGCAGCCGCUACAUAAAUGCGACAUGGCUCUAACCGAUCUACUGGGUGAAUUGCAGAGAGAUCCUUGGCCAGUUCCUCAAGGAAAGCGUUUUCUCCGAUCCACUGGAGCGGCUCUUUCAAUCGCGGUAGGUUUACUGGAGUGCACAUACCCAAACACCGGUGCUCGCAUCAUGAUGUUCCUCGGAGGUCCGUGCUCCCAAGGUCCCGGUCAAGUGGUGGACGAUGAACUGAAACAUCCCAUCCGAUCCCAUCACGACAUCCAGAAGGACAACGCCAAAUACAUGAAAAAAGCUAUUAAACAUUACGAAAGUCUGGCACUGAGGACAGCUACGAAUGGACACUGCAUUGAUAUUUACUCUUGUGCGUUGGAUCAAACCGGUUUGAUGGAGAUGAAACAGUGUUGUAAUUCGACUGGAGGCCACAUGGUCAUGGGAGAUUCUUUCAAUUCGUCGUUGUUUAAGCAAACAUAUCAGCGUGUUUUUGCGGUGGAUCAAAAGGGCGAUUUAAAGAUGGCGUUCAAUGGAACACUCGAAAUCAAAUGCUCCCGCGAAUUGAAGAUUGAAGGUGGCAUCGGAUCGUGUGUUUCGCUGAAUGUGAAAAAUGCCGCUGUAGCAGAUUCAGAAAUUGGAAUGGGUGGCACCGCUCAGUGGAAACUGUGCACCAUGUCCCCGAAUAGUACAAUGGCCUUUUUCUUUGAAGUGGCCAAUCAGCAUGCGGCUCCGAUUCCUCAAGGUGGACGCGGUUGUUUGCAAUUUAUCGUCCAAUAUCAGCAUUCAAGUGGACAGCGACGAAUCCGUGUUACAACAGUGGCUCGUAGCUGGGCUGAUGCUACCGCUAAUUUGCACAUGAUAAGCGCUGGUUUCGAUCAGGAAGCCGCUGCUGUGCUAAUGUCUCGAAUGGUUGUGUACCGAGCGGAAUCGGACGACGGUCCCGACACGCUUCGCUGGGUUGAUCGACAGCUUAUCCGCCUGUGUCAGAAAUUCGGCGAGUACAGCAAAGAUGAUCCGAACAGUUUUCGUCUGGCGGAAAACUUCUCUCUAUUUCCUCAGUUCAUGUACCAUCUGCGCCGUUCACAAUUCUUGCAGGUAUUCAACAAUUCACCGGAUGAAACUACUUUCUAUCGACAUAUGCUCAUGAGGGAAGAUCUCACCCAAUCACUUAUUAUGAUCCAACCCAUUUUGUACUCGUACUCGUUCAAUGGUCCACCGGAGCCGGUUUUACUGGACACAUCAUCUAUUCAGCCGGAUCGUAUCCUGCUGAUGGACACCUUUUUCCAAAUUCUCAUCUUCCACGGUGAAACGAUCGCCCAAUGGCGUAACCUCAAGUACCAGGAUAUGCCCGAGUACGAGAACUUCAAGCAACUUCUGCAGGCACCGGUAGAUGACGCUCAGGAAAUUCUGCAAACUCGAUUCCCAAUGCCACGGUACAUCGACACGGAACAGGGUGGUUCCCAGGCCCGGUUUCUGCUGUCCAAAGUCAAUCCCUCGCAGACGCAUAACAACAUGUACGCUUACGGACAGAUGUCGGCACCAACAGCGGAUGGAGGAGCAUCGGUUCUUACCGACGAUGUAUCCUUGCAGGUUUUCAUGGAGCAUCUGAAAAAAUUGGCUGUUUCGUCCACCACUUAGAUGGAACACUUCCAGGAGAAAAGUUACGCCUCAAUUCAGCAUUGCAUCUGUUUACUAUCGAAAGUUCAAUAGCUUAUUGAUAUGUCGUCACAUCAGUAUUUCACUUUGUGUGUAUGUUCGGUAUUCAAUUGGAAUUAUUGAUAUCGCCACUACAUGAAAUGACUCACUGGAACAGGAGUAACGACUUUGAGUGAUGAUACUUCCCAUUAAAUUUUGGAUUAAUGACUGCAUCAACAUAAAUUUGACAAAUGGCGUUAUUGAACAUAUUUAUUAAAAAAUAAAUCCGUUAUCUAACAGAAAAAA